AUGCCGACCUUCCUCGAUCCGCCCGACAAGCCGGACUUUCCCGCCGAGGAGGUGAAAAUCCUGAAGUACUGGGAGGAGAUAGACGCCUUCCAGGAGUCCCUGCGGCAAUCCGCGGGAAAACCUCCGUACAACUUCUACGACGGCCCCCCUUUCGCCACAGGGAUGCCGCACUAUGGUCACAUCCUGGCAGGCACUAUCAAGGACGUGAUGACUCGCCACGCCCAUCAGCGCGGCUACCACGUGGAGCGGCGCUUCGGCUGGGAUUGCCAUGGCGUGCCCGUCGAGGGCAUCAUCGACGCCAAACUGAACAUCAAGGGGCGUGCUGACGUCCUCGAGAUGGGCAUCGGCAAGUACAACGAGGAGUGCAGAUCUAUCGUGCAGAUGUACGUGAACGAGUGGCGCACGAUAGUCACCCGCUAUGGGCGUUGGAUCGACUUCGACAACGAUUGGAGAGACGAUGCAGCCUUCCUAUAUGGAAAGCCUGUGGUGGAUAUUCAAGGAGUUGUUUGA